GAAGAGAUGACAUUCUGUUGUUUUUGGUAAUGACAUCCUGAGCAAAUUUAGAAAAUCUGUCGUCCUUCGAUUUCUAAGCCUCAAUCGAUCUGGAAAGGAAGAUAAGGGAAAAUUUGGGAUCCUUUUGAACUUGAUAAGAAUCUGAGGACCGGUCCGAGAUGCGUGAGAUUGUGCACAUCCAGGUCGGGCAGUGUGGUAACCAGAUCGGUGCCAAGUUCUGGGAGGUCAUCUCAGACGAGCAUGGAAUCGAUCCAAAUGGUUCCUACCACGGAGAUUCCGAACUGCAACUCGAGAGGAUCAACGUCUACUACAACGAGGCAGCUGGCAGCAAAUAUGUCCCUCGAGCAAUCCUCGUUGACCUUGAACCGGGUACCAUGGAUUCCGUUCGUUCCGGGCCCUUCGGUCAAAUUUUCCGGCCGGACAAUUUCGUCUUCGGUCAAUCCGGAGCCGGAAACAACUGGGCCAAAGGUCACUACACCGAAGGAGCCGAAUUAAUCGACUCAGUCCUUGAUGUCGUCCGAAAAGAAGCUGAAGGUUGCGACUGUCUCCAAGGCUUCCAAGUGACCCACUCUCUCGGGGGUGGCACCGGAUCCGGAAUGGGGACCCUGCUCAUCUACAAAAUCCGGGAAGAAUACCCCGACAGAAUAAUGUCCACCUUUUCGGUUGUACCUUCUCCAAAAGUAUCAGACACUGUUGUUGAACCCUACAAUGCGACCUUGUCAGUUCAUCAACUUGUGGAAAAUUCAGACCAGGCCUACUGCAUUGACAAUGAAGCCCUUUAUGAUAUUUGCUUCAGGACUCUGAAGCUCACGACUCCAACUUAUGGUGACUUGAACCAUCUCGUAUCAGCCACCAUGUCAGGGGUCACAACUUGUUUGAGGUUCCCAGGACAAUUGAACGCUGACCUCAGAAAAUUAGCGGUCAACAUGGUUCCAUUUCCGAGACUGCAUUUUUUCAUGCCAGGAUUUGCACCACUGACAUCUCGUGGGAGCCAACAAUACAGAGCAUUGUCAGUUUCUGAAUUAACUCAGCAGAUGUUUGAUGCAAAAAAUAUGAUGGCAGCUUGCCACCCAAGACAUGGAAGGUACCUAACUGUUGCGGCAAUCUUUAGAGGAAGGAUGUCCAUGAAGGAAGUUGAUGAGCAGAUGUUAAAUAUUCAAAAUAAGAACAGCUCCUACUUUGUUGAAUGGAUUCCUAACAAUGUGAAGACAGCCGUUUGCGAUAUUCCACCCAGAGGACUGAAGAUGUCUGCAACCUUUAUUGGAAACUCGACAUCAAUUCAGGAAUUGUUUAAGAGGAUAUCAGAGCAAUUUACAGCUAUGUUUAGGAGAAAGGCCUUUUUGCAUUGGUACACUGGAGAAGGAAUGGAUGAGAUGGAAUUUACGGAAGCAGAAUCCAACAUGAAUGAUUUAGUUUCAGAGUAUCAACAAUAUCAGGAAGCAACUGCUGAUGAUGAGGGCGACUACGACGAGGAGGAGCUUGAAGAAUAAUUGACGAACCGAGAGGCUUAGAAUCGAAUUUUUUAAAAUUAUACUAUAUUUUUGUACUACAGUUUUAUAACACGUAUAGUGUUUUGUAUACUGUUUUCGAUUUGUAUUUUGUCUUUUUAAUAGAGUGAGU